GUUCUGAUAUACCAGCUGAUUGCCCUGAAGGAUGGAUAUUUUAUGUGGGUCAAUGUUAUAAGAUGCGCAGACAAACUACUUCCUGGCAAGAUGCUUCUGGUCUGUGUAGAAAGGAAGGUGGUGACCUGGCAAGCAUCCAUAAUGUGGAAGAGUACAGUUUUAUUAUUUCUCUGCUUGGGUACAAACCAAGUGAUGAAUUAUGGAUUGGUCUGAAUGAUCUCAAGAUUCAAAUGUUCUUUGAAUGGUCAGAUGGGAGUCCUGUGACAUAUACCAAAUGGCUCCAUGGUCAGCCAACACAUACUAAUAACAGGGAAGAAGACUGUGUGGUCAUGAAAGGAAAGGAUGGGUAUUGGGCAGAUGAACCUUGUGACAUGGAAUAUGGUUACAUUUGCAAAAGGAAACCUUUAAAACAAGCACCAGAAAAGGAUAUAAUUGAUGAAGGAUGCUCAAAAGGCUGGAAAAGAUACGAUUUCUACUGCUACAUGAUUGGAAAUACAUUUGCAUCAUUUGCUCAAGCUGAUCAAAAGUGUACAGAAAAUGGGGCUACUUUAGCUUAUGUUGAAAAUAGGUAAUAAACA